ACAGACGACAUAGAGUGGUCGAGUUCAGCGUUCUCCGGGUUCUAUUUCUAUGGGCUAAACCAUUAUUGUUUCUGAUCUACGACACUUGAGGGCGCUCUUCCAUAAACAACAUCAUCUGAUGACCGCACAUGUGAUUGGCAAUAAUGCGUGGAGUUCUUCGAUUAGUUGGGCGAAAGUCUUCGCUAAGAUGGUUUAAUUCCAGUCUCCAUCUUCUCAUCAUCUUAAUACUCCUCCAAGACUCUGCAUCCUCCUCAAUCCCUCAAUCAUCAUGCCCUGCCUCAUCAAGUGUCUUUGAUCUCUUCAUCUCCAGGUAUGCCUCCGCCCGCUGCUCUACAGCUGCAGAGACCAAGAAGGGGAAUCCCCUACUACGACACGACGAGGGACUUCCCCAGUUCCAGUCAAUUGAUGUAGAUCAGGUCAAACCAGGGAUCACCAAACUUGCAAAGGAUUUCGAGGCAGGACUGGAGGUUUUAGAAACAAAGUUUGACGGACUUGGAGAUGGCGUAUCUUGGUCAGAAGUAUCAGACCCACUAGAGAGACUUGAGGCUCCACUGGACUACGGUUGGGGGGUUGUCGUUCAUCUUAACAGUGUUAAGAAUAGCCAGAAGCUCAGGGAUGCAUUCCAGGAGGUUCAACCAGUGGUCAUCAAGACAACCAGUAGGCUGUCGCAGAGCAAACCGAUCUAUACUGCCGUUAAGAAGCUCAAAAUGUCUGGUGCUAGGCUGGAUGGUGUACAAGAGAGAUUAGUUGAUUCUGCAUUACGACAAGCUAAGCUUGGAGGUGUAGAACUGACUGGCACCACCAAGGAACGCUUCAAUGAGAUUAGAUUGAGAUUAGCAUCUAUUGCAACUCAGUUCAGCAAUAAUGUUUUGGAUGCUACAAAGGCCUUCAGUCUUGAGUUGACAGACCAGAGGGAUGUAGAGGGUCUACCAAAGUCAAUCCUCCAGCUGAUGGCCUCGAGUGCCAACCCUGACAAUCCCGAUGUGGACAAUGGACCAUGGAAGUUGACCUUAGACCUUCCAUGCUAUGAGCCCUUCAUGAAGCAUAGCACCCAACGCGAGCUGAGAGAGACUCUGUAUAAGACUUACCUCACUAGAGCCUCGCAAGGAGUCCAAGAUAAUGGCCCAAUCAUCCAGGAGAUCAGGACUCUAAGGCAAGAGAAGGCUGAGAUUCUAGGUUAUCCCAACUAUGCUGCAUUGUCACUCUCUUCUAAGAUGGCUAAGAAUGUGGACAACGUCUGGUCACUCAUCCACGGACUGAGGGACAAGAGCAAAGAGGCAGCUCAAAGGGAUCUGAAGCAACUACAAGAUUUUGCCUCUUCUCAGGGCUUCAAUGGAAGUCUACAACUCUGGGAUGUAGGCUUCUGGAGUGAACGACAAAGAGAACAUCUCUUCAAGUUCAAUGAUGAGGACCUAAGACCUUAUUUUCCACUGCCUCGUGUCCUUGAAGGAAUGUUCAAUCUGACGUCUUUCCUAUUCAAUGUUCGAAUCAAGCCUGCUGACAAUACUGUGGAGACAUGGCAUGAGGAUGUCCGAUUUUUCAACAUACUAAAUGAGAAUGACGAGCACAUGGCUUCAUUCUUUUUGGAUCCUUACACAAGACCAGCAGAGAAGAGAGGUGGAGCUUGGAUGAGUACAUGUUUAGGAAAAAGUGAGCUUCUGAAUCAUAAACCAGUUGCUUAUCUCAUCUGUAACCAAACCCCGCCCAUAAAGGACAAACCAUCACUGAUGACAUUCCGCGAGGUCGAAACAUUAUUCCACGAGUUCGGUCAUGGACUGCAGCACAUGCUUACUACAGUCCCUUACGCCGGAGCGGCGGGAAUUAACAAUGUGGAGUGGGAUGCAGUGGAGUUGCCGUCUCAGUUUAUGGAGAAUUGGAUGUAUGAUGCGGGUACUGUCAAGACGGUCAGUGGGCAUUAUGAGACCGGGCAGCCACUACCAGGAACUCUGUUUAACCAGCUAGUUAAAGCUCGUAAGUACAUGGCAGGAUCCGCCAUGUUGAGGCAGCUAUACUUCUCUGCAAUGGAUAUCGAUCUACACACAAGUUCUGACCAUUGGUUGGAUGUGAUGAAAAGGGCGGCCGAUGAGUACACAAUCAUGAAACCACUGCAGGAGGACAGGUUCCCUUGUUCAUUCCAGCAUAUCUUUGCAUCAGCCUAUGCAGCUGGAUACUACUCGUACAAAUGGGCAGAGGUGAUGGCCGCUGACACUUUUAGUGCAUUUGAAGAAGUUGGUUUAGACGACAGGGAAAGUGUUGCGCAAGUUGGCAAAAGAUUUCGAGAUACAGUAUUGGCCCUCGGUGGUGGCACCCACCCACAGCAGGUCUUCAAAAAAUUCAGAGGUCGCGACCCCUCACAUGAACCUCUGCUCAGGAUGUAUGGACUCAUAUGAAAAGAUACAAAGAUGCACAUACAUGUAGUUGGGAUACACCAAGUGAGGGUACUGCUCUUUGACAAUUACCAAAAGUAUAACCCUGCCUUUAAGGGAACUGUGUACUGCGUUAAGUUUUCAGUUAAAUGCAAAGUAAUGCGCAAACAUCCAUGUGCAGUAAUGCUUACAGAAUUAUCCCUAUGCCCCACGGCCAAAAGUGCUGUGAUUGGGGAAAAACGCAAGUGAAUUGAACUAUGUCCCAAAUUGAUGUUGCAGAGACAAAAACCUAGGCUAUGAGCUAUUUAUUUAAUUUCACAACAGUCUCUAAUGAAGUCAUGUUUCAGGACAGUACAGACUGCGAAUAAAGUUGUAACAGUACACCACUAAUUCAUGAAUCUGUAAAAAUGUUUCUUUAUUCUUUACUGUUUAUUCAAUAAAUUGAAAUGGAAGGUUUUGUUUACAGCAGUUCCAUUGAAUGAUCAUUUAUAGGCCUAAUCGUUAUGUUAUACAAAUAUUGGAUACAUUGGAGUGCAAUGUCGCAGCUCCUUGUGAAUUGGGAAGGCAAAAUUUCACCCAAUGAUUAUUUAUUCAAAAUUGCAAUCAAUGCUUGUUUAUAUAAAACACAUAUAGAUCCUUGUCAUUCAUAUUUUGUUCACAAUAAAACAAAAACGGAAACUCAUCCUUCCAAAAAAUUGAUUCAAUGAUUAUAUCAUUAAAAAUUGCAAUCAAUGCUUGUUUUAUAUAAAACAUAUAGAUCCUUGUCAUUCAUAUUUUGUUCAUAAUAAAGCAAAACAAAAACGGAAACUCAUCGAUUCGAAAAAUUCAAAAAGAAAAAAAAAUCCAUGGAUGACUCGGUAUAGAGCUCAACCUUGUCCAUUGGCAACGACCUUGUUUCAAUGGUAUGAACGGGCAGGAAUGAUUAUUUUGGAAAGGAACCUAUAUUUCUCAAUAUAGGACUCCUAAAAUUAAAUUUUGGAGUGUCAUGCACUCGUGGCAGUAAAUACACAGCAAAAUAAAGCAUGACAUUUGAUGCCUGUCCGACCAAUUAAAUGACAAGGAUCUACGAUUUUAUAAUUACAUUUAAGUUUUUAUUUUUAUAUGAUACAUUUGUUUGUCUUCCCCACAAAGUAAUCUAGAUGCUCCACAGCCAAACAUUUUGAAAUUGGAGAAAUUCUCGGUUGCAUUUUUUAUAACUUUUUUUUCUUCUUCAGAGACUGUGUACUACUUUUUGAUUUGUAUUUUUCAGACAAACAUUAGGCUGACUUCUUCAGUCACACAGAACUGUCAAGGUUUUUAUUCUUGCAUUUAGUUGAAUGAGUAAUUUAUUCCUAAACACAUACAUGUUUGUACAAUACUUAAUGAAAAACAAAUUAAAGUGCCCAAGGGGCUGAGUACAAACAAACAAAACGAAAACUGAGAUAGCUCACUUUGUCAAAAUGCAAUUGAGAUGAAAUGUGACAUACACACAUGUACCUGUACAUGUACAAGUCAAUUAGUGAAAACGCAAUACCUUGUGACUUUGGCACCGUGCCAGAGCGUUGUACAUCAUUUUGAAGCGUGACAAGUCUAGUUAUACAUUGGCUGUGCUAAUAAGUUUAAUGACAAAUUUAUGUGUCAGGUCGUGUAACUUGCGGAAAAUGUUAACAGUAAAUUAUUAAUUGGUGAGAAAUUACAACCAUUUAUCCUUUUUGACAUAAAGGUCACUUUGUGGGAACAGAGACAAUUUUUUAAGAGUGAUGUUUCUCUCAAGUUACUUUUUCAACACUAUCAGGAGUGGUAACAGUUGAGUGUUAAGUUGAAAAUAAACCAAACUAAAUAUUAAA